AUGGUAGGUGUUGACGAACCUGUUGUCGAGUUAUUUGUUGGUGGUUUCAGAUAUCUUGGUGAAAUUUGUACUUCCUUUACAGCUUUACUAACCAAGAGUGUGAGUGAAAGUAGCUUAUCUGAAGAAGGUGAGAGUGACAUUGAGGAGAAUGAGAAGAUAGAGGGGGAUUCUGAAAAUGUGGUGGAUCUUGAAACCUACACUGUAGUAUCUGCAGAUUCAAAGAAAAUCAGCACAAGUGAAGAGGAGGAAAGCCCUGAUAAAUUUAGCAAAGAAAAACGACCUUUACAUCGACAAGUGGCUGUAUCCAUAUCUACUAUUAGUACUCCAAGUAUAGAAGCAUCUCAGACUCAGUCUAUAGAAUCUCACGAUGAUAUUGUAUUAAGAAGAAGCUCUAAUUAUCCACCAGGUGUGGCAAGAGCAAUAAGUGCCAUUGAAAGAGGUGGAUCCCAUGAUGGCCCCAGAGGUCCUGAUCACAGACUACAGACAAGCAAGAGUGAGACCAGUCUUGCUGACAGCGAUGCUUUUGUGUUAAUAUCUGAAUCAGAAGUCAGAGAAGCGCAGAGUCAAAGUUCACAGCAAGAAAAUAAAAAGAAGUUACCUAAAAAUCCUUUAAUGCCUGGAAUGAAGUGGGCUUGUCAGUUAGUAUUUAGGAGCAAGCUAACAAUGCACACAGCAUAUGACAGAAGAGAUAAUACUGAACCAGCUUCAGUUACUGCUUUAGCUGUUUCAAAAGACCACAGAACAGUAUUAGUAGGAGAUGCAAGGGGAAGAGUUUUCUCCUGGAGUGUUCCUGACCAACCUGGUAGGGCGGUUGCUGAUCACUGGGUUCGUGAUGAUGGUAGUGAUGGAUGUGCAUAUUGUCAGGUCAAAUUCAGUAUUUAUGAGAGGCGUCAUCACUGUCGCAACUGUGGACACUUAUUCUGUUCAAAGUGCAGUAGAUUUGAAUCUGAAAUUUCACGACUACGAAUUUUAAAGCCUGUUAGAGUGUGUCAGAAAUGCUACACAUCCCUAAAACAUGAUAAAUGAUUCUCCAAUUUUCCAAUAGUUUAAGUCUAUGAAACUAUCUUUGUAUACAUAGUCGAAAAUUUUUAAAUUAAGAAUUUAUUGAUUAUAUGAUUUUUAGUUCCGAUGAAUGCAGACAGUUUUCUAUUGUAGAAUUUUAUGUACAUUUAUGAUAGGUUUAGAAUUAAAAGUGACUUAAAUUUUUUUUCUUGAAACUGUCAGUCAGAGCUAAAGAUUCAUAUUGUCAGUAAUUUUGAAAAGGGAGAAAAAAUGAUCCUCAUUUGUAUUCACUCAGGGUCUCUUUGGGCAAAUGCUCUAUGUUUCUAAGAAACUCAAACUAAAAUUUACUGCCUGCAAGACAGUCCAAUUUCUAAUCAGUUGCUUAAUCUGUUGUGAACAUCAGUGGUAAAGGACUAUUUUGGAAUUUCAGAGCCAAACGGUAAACAUUUUGUAACAAAUAUUUUGUAUGAAACACUGAACUGGGAAGGAGAAAAAGUUAUAUUAAAAAAAAAUUGGCUUCACACAUUUGGUGCUUGAAUAAACAGAAUAAGUAACUGAUUAAGUAGUUGUAAAAUAAAAUAAAGAAAAUUUUAUUCAUACUUAACAUAUAUCUUGAUUGAUGCACACCAAAAUGUGGCAUAUUUUGUUGAGGUAUAUUGUAUAAUAUAUUCAUUAAUGAGAAUUCACUAUAUUACAUACAUUCUGCCUCAUAGAAAUGAAUUCCAUCUUCAGAUUGAAAUAUUUACAAAUAUUUCAUAUUAGUCACAAAAUCUUGGUCACAGUGAUAUUGUAUAUAACUUGAGGAAUAACAGGAAUGGUUACAGGGAAACUUCCCAGUUGCAUGACUUGGUACCAAGGGUCAUAUUUGGUUCACAGAUUAUAUUGAAAUUCCUUGGUUUUCUCAUUUCACUUUCUGUUAAUGCUUAAUUUUCCUUAAAACUUGCUAUCACUUGCGUUAGGAGAUGCAGUGUAAGUAAAAUGGAUUUACAGACUUCUCAACAAAACAUUUUAACAUUUUCUUAAUUUUUUUAUAAACAAAAUAUUUUAGAAAAGCAUCUCUUAUUUUUAUAUGCCAUGAAAUUCAGCUUUAUACUAGAAGUGAAACAGUCAAAAAUUCCUUUACAUUCUUGCUUUACAAUCAAGCUAUGUAAGGCGUUCACAGUGUUUUGCCAAGCAUAGUUCUACUAAAUAUUUGUAAAUUAUGUGGGGAAAAAGAAAAUACGUACCUGUUUUGGACUUGGCUGGUCAUCUAACAACAGUAGCUAAUCAACUUACAUGUGGUCCCCCUUCACACUAUGGUUUAGAAUUGAAUGGUACUAACUGCAAGUUGCAGAGAUUAAAUUUAUCUCGGUAUGUUAACUGACUGCUGUAUUUAAUUAUUUCUGCAGGUGUACUUUGGAACUUGUAAACUUCACAUAUUAUUUUACAUACCAGCAAAAUGUUUAUUUGUGGCUAUUGCUCUUUGAUUCAUGUAUUUUUAAGAAAAUUAGGCUUUGAGCUAUAAGCUGCAAACUUUUGUCUAACUUCGGAUAGCGAUUCUAGAUUGCAUCAGUGUACUACAACAUGUCAGUAGCAAGAAAUUGUUGUUAUAUGUUGAAGUUAAGUUUUAAGAGUUGUGUCAUGUGAUUAGAUAAUAGAAUUUCAUGGUAUUUGUGUUGUGGGAAAGAAGCAGUAAGAUCAACCAUAUGUUUGUAUGGUUUGCUGGUUUUCUUCCCCCACAAUUACAUAAGACAAUAGGAAUAUGUGACUGUUUGACAGAUAUCUCACAUUAGAAUUGGUUAGCUUUGUGCAUAGUAUGUUGGUUAGUUUGUAAAUGAUCACAGCAUAUUAGAAGAAAGUAACUCUUGGAGCUGUUAUUUGCCAUUUCGGGUCAGUUACCUUUGAAUAUUUUUCCACAACAUACAGUCAGUCUUCCACUUUAUUGUGGUGAUUUUAUUUUGAUUUCAAAGUCAAGUCUUUGUAGUAUUCAUUUUGUUCAUAGGAAAAUUAUAUUUAAGUUAUUUUACAAUUUCUACUGACAGUUGUAAAAGUUCCUUUCUCUGUUAUCUAAUAGAUUCUUGUAAUUGUGUUGUCUACUGUUAUUCAGAUAAUGAUAUUCUUAUUUGCCAAAUAAGUUAAUGAUUUGUCUCUAAAAUAAUGGCCUUAGUAAUGUGAUUUUUAUGUUAUAUUAUUUUAAUGUAUACAUGUGUAGUUAUAGUUGAAUGUUUGUGCAUGUUAUCUGUGAAAUCUAUUUUACUAGCAUUUUUUUUAUCUUGUGUGUAGUUCACAUGAGUAUUGAAAACCAACACAUUCCAGUUUUCCUGAAAUAUUAAAUUAUUUCCUAACAGUAUAUUAACAGUCAUUCCUAAGCUUUAAUAUUCGUGAUGAUAUGGUUGUGUUCAUUUUUUAAAAAUAAUUUUACUAGAUUAUUCUUUAUAUUGCAAUUAGUAUUUGCUAAGUGCAAAGGAUUACUUGUUAUUAAUGUGGAGAUCUGAUCUGAAAGAUAUUUUAUUUACUGUGAGCCAAAGUGAGAGAUCUGAUUAUUGAAACAUAUUGCUUGAUGUAGCCUGAAUUUGCAGAACAACAAUUAUAGAUUCAUGUAUGACAAAGUACCAAAAUAUUAGGAGCACACAUGAGAGAAGACAUGAAUGAGAUUUAGGGUACCACUAUAUUCUUGACAAAUUACAUGGGUUAAUUUUUCAUAGAAAAAAGAAGUGCCAUACCAGCAUGCAUUCAAAGUUUUCUGAUAGGACAGAAUUUCAGUGGUAUGGCAAGAAGUCCUGUAUUAAGAUAUUAUUCUUUUAUUAUGGUAUUUUGGAACCUUAGAAAGGUCUAUCAACUUGAUGCUUUAAAAUUUAUCUUUGAUCAGUUGUUUUAAAAAUAUCUUAUUGUCACUUGUUAAAGCCAGUUUAGUACAGAUAGUAAAUAUAAAGUCUCUUACUCUGUAAUCUAACCACCCACCAGUAUUGCUUGUCCAUUCCUUUGGCAUGGUUCCAUCCAUACUUGAUUUUGCAAUUGAGAAUAUUAAUUUGAUUUAAUGAUCUUCUAUAAAUGCCCCCAUAAUAACUCGCCCUGUUAAAAUGAUAAAAAUCAAAGUCAAUAAGCUCUGUGGAAAAUGUCAUUGAUAUUAAUGAAAAACACUUUUCUGUUAAUAAAUUGUAACUUCGUUCUUAAGGAAUAAAAAGGACAUUUGAUAUUAUAUAGUUUCUACCCUAAUUUUAGCAUUUAUAUUUUCAACUUCUGUAAAUAUAGGCUAAGAUGUAGUAGUAUAUAUUUUCAGCUGGACUCAUAUCACCUACUCUAAAUUAUUGAUUUUAAUCCAAGGGAUUACCUUGAAGUUACUCUAAUCAAUGCCCUAUGGUUUGUAUUGUAAUUUUAGCCAUAAUUAAAAUUAUUUAUUUUAUGCCUGCAUUGUUUUGCUUACUUAAUGUGCUUUCACCACAUCUCUGCAUUUUGUUACCAUAGUUUGUCUUGCUCCUUAAUGAUACUGCAAAUCUAGUUUUUAGUUUCAUGUACUAGAUUCUUUAAUCAUAGCAUUGAAAAUUUAAUCCUUUGAAGGAUUUUAUUAUAACACUUGAACACAGACGCUCCCACAAGUAACCAGCUGACUUGCUAAUCAGUAACGAACUAUGAAAAUUGCCUAAAGUACAAAAUUUUGAAGGAGACAAUUAUUCAAAUUAUUAUGAAAUUUGAAGUUUUUUUAGAAACUAUAUACAAAAAUCUUAAAUUUAAGGGCAAUUUCUGCUCUGAGAAUCCACAUCACAUUCAAGUCUAAAAUAAUUUAAGUUUUCUUUUAGUAGUCAGGUUUAAUUGUGCUCAAGCCAGUAAAUUUUUAUAUAUAUUUUUUUAGCAUUGGUCUUGUAUAAAUUCAUCAAACUUAUGUAUAUAUCUUACAUUGAUUGCCAGUUAUUAAUAUUGUAUUUAAACUACUUCAUUUGUAAAACUGCUUACUUUAUGACAAUGGUGAUCAAAAAUAUCCAAGUAGAUGAGAUUAAAAACAUGUGAACUAGAGGUAUUGAGGUAAGCCACUUGUCCAACUGAAAAAAAGCCUUUUAUUUUCAUUCCGAGUGGAUUUUGUAAGAGACAGCUUGUGUGUAUACAUUACAGCUGAGACUUAUAAGAAAAGGACCUGAAGCAAAAUUUAGUUUUUCAUCUCACAAAAAUAAAAUCCUAGUUAACCAGUUUCUUUCUGAAAAUGAGUACUGUAGAAUGUAAUAUUAUUCAAGACUCAAUCAUGAGUUUCAAUCACACUAGUUAUCACUACCAAGCACACAAUGUAGUUAAUGUAUAAUAUAAAAAAUUAUGUACAUUAGUAAUUUCACAUAUACAGUAUAUAUAUACAGUACAUGAAUAUAAAUAUUAUAAAUAUAUAUAAAUAUAUAAAUAUAUGUAUCAUCAAGCAACUGUGAAUUUGGUUUUGUGUAAAAGGUUGUAUUCUGUAUGUAACCUACAGUGUCAAGGUUCUGCAUUUUCAUCAAGUUAGACAGGAUACUGUUAAGACAUAAUACAUUUCAUGUUAGUUUUGGUGAGAGAGAAAAAAAAAUGUAGCCAAAGUCACAUGUACAUAGUGAACAGUUGCCAUAGUUUGUCACCUUUCAUUACCUAUUGUUCUAGUCUUCUGAUUAGUGCCCAAUCAUCCUGAUUGUAGAUUAUAAAAUAAAUAAACAUUAUCAAUAAGAAGUUUAUGUCUCCGUUGUUUGCCUUUGGUAAAGUAAUGUCAUCCCAUCAAGAUUUAUUACCAGAAGUUGUGCAAAUCAUUUUUUCCUCACUUAGGAUAUCUAAUGGUGUUAAUUCUUUAGAAGUGUGAUACAAAAUGAAACCAUGCGUGCAGUGAUGGCUGGGAUCUUUAUUUCAUGCUUAGUUGAGAAAUACAUCAGUAUUCUCUUGUUUGGAUUCCUUCAGGUUUGAUUUUUCUUAAUGAUCUUAAUUUACUGUCUUAUUUUUUAAUUUUUUUACUUCUUUGAAUGAUAGUGAAAAUCAUCAUUGAUUUUAAAUUUUCAAAUCAACCUACUUUCCCAUGAAGAGUAAAAAAAAAAAAAAAUGAUGACUAUUUAAGCUCUGGCAUUGCCCCUUAGGACGUCUCUUGAUUUGAAUAGUAGUAUUUUUUUAUAAAAAACCUCUUGAUGCAUCUGACAAUGUUAUUUUACAUGUAUACAUUAUAUUUUUAUUGUCUGUAUGCUGCAGUUUUACCUGGGUUCUAUUAAUGUUUAUUAAUACUGUUUACUGCCUUUGCCAUACAUUUUUCAUUAUUGGUGUGAGUCUUAUCUAAAAAAUGUUAUGCUUCUUUACAAGAAAGGCCUGAACAUUUUCAAGUUUGACACUUGCAUCCUUAUUCUUCAUGUUUUCUUGUCAUUCAUCUACCAUAAUUUUUUAAAUCCUUAUUCUUCAUGUUUUCUCAUGAUUCAUUUACCAUAAUUUUUAAAAUUCUUAUUCAUGUUUUCUUGUGAUUCAUCUACCAUAAUUUUUUAAAUCCAUGUUCUUCAUGUUUUCUCAUGAUUCACUUACCAUAAUUUUUUUAAUUGCAUUUCAUUAUGUCUCAUUAAAUGUAUUCUUGCAAGGCAAAAGUGAAAACUAUUCUUUUUUUAUUACAUAUAAUAAGUGGUUUAUUUACUAUAUUAAAAAGUUGACAAAGUGGCUUUAUAGUGCAAGAAACAUUUCUGUGAUAAGCUUAUAGUGAAGAAAAAAUGCAUGUGGGGACAGACUUUUUAUUGAUUUUUAUUUAUUGCAAAACCUAAAUUAUGUUAAGUGCAGCACAAUUGUGUGACUACUGUUGUUGCAUGAUAACUCCAUUCUGUCAUUUAUGAAGAAUGGUUCUGUAGAUAACACUUCAUUAAAAACCAAGAACUUUUUUCUAAAUGAUGUGAAUUUUUUUUAAUUACUGUGAAAAUGGGUGAGAGAAUGAAUUAUUAUUUGCUCUGUCAAUUAUCCUUCAAGGUCUGUUAAUAUUUUCUAGUUCUUAUAAGCGUGGCCACAGCUGCUUGUAGAACAAAGAUCACAUAGGGAUGAUCAUGUACUUUUGACAUAGAUGUUGCUUGAUGUUUAGAUAAUGUUUAAGAAAGUAUUUUCUGAUGAGGUAUUCAAGUCUCAAAGAUGUGUAUAAUUUCAACCAUGUAUUUGUUAUAAAAUUGAACUGCAAUAACCA